AUGUCCAACUUCCCUUUGCCCAAGAGGGGGAAGCGCAGGGCGGCCGGCCAGAGUCGGUCGGCGAAGCAGGUGAAGAAGGCGAUGAAGAAGGCCGCAGACAGCCCCCCCAAGCGCAUACCCUACGUGAGGCACGGGAUCCGCACUGUGAAACCUCGGAACGAGAGGGCGAGGUGGCGGGGGCAGCAGCACGUCAUCGACGCGCCCAAGAAGCACGGCCAUUUGCCAGAGGCGGGGGCCAGCUGCCCACAUUGUACCAAGGGCACCAUCGGCAAUCUCAAAAAGCGGUCUGACAAGCUGGGCGGAUGGGGCCACAGGUGCAACCACAGCGGGUGCCAUCGGCACGUCUUACCGCACGCGAUCCAUCCGAUCUUCGCGGCGGGCACAGGGCAGUCGCGCGCGCCCCUGCGAGACCAGGCGCCCGCCUCAUUGUCGGCCGUGGCGGGGGCCUCGCAGGUGUGCACUGAUCGCCUCGUAAAUAAGAAUCACAACAUGGUCGGGGGGAUUCGCGGGCGCCUGCGUGCGACCAGGGAGAAAUACGUCGCGGCGAAAGGGAAGUCCAUCAAGCUCGGCCAGGGCGAGGCCUGGAAGGACACCGAGGCCGACGAGGUGGACCUCGCGAAGAAGAUGUCCGAGGACGGCGGCCCCAGCCCUGUCGACCGGGAGCAGCGGGGCGGGAUCGCGGAGAGGGGCGCUCCAGACACGCUCGUGCUCUUUAGGCUGAAGCCCACCAAGACGAAGAAGAGGGCGUCAGGCCCAGGGGGCACUCGCAAGCGGGACUGGAUGCCCGCGGCGAAGAAGUGGCUCAAGGGCCGCCGCGUCAUUCUGCACGCGGACGGCGCCAAGAGUUACAGGAUCAAGUUGGACGGCGUGAAGUACGACUACGUCGCCCACUGCCGCAAGCGCGUCAAGGUCAACGGGAAGUGCAUCCGGGCCAGGCCGAAGUACACCAAGCCCCGUUACCACACCGUUGCCGAGGACGGCGCGCCCAAAAAGAAGCUGCGGGUUAUGGCUGGGGCCCAGGUCAUCGACCGCUGCUGGCUCGGUCUGCGCAAGCACCUCGGUAGCGCCAAGGUUGUGAACGCAACGUCUCUCCGCCGGAAGAUCCGCUCGCCCCAGUGGGGACACUGGAAGCGCGGUGCCGACUACUGGCAGCACACGGGGGACACGCUGAGCGACUUGUGGCCCAAGGACUUCGGCCAAUGA